UAUAGUUCCAUUCAAAGUUUAUGUCGUCACGGAAGUUGGCUGCGAGAGUAGCUUCGCGCAGGUAGGCAAGUGUACCGUCCCGCUCAUUGGCCGAUACAGACCAUUGAAUUCUGCGCAUCGACACGCACAAAGUUCAAAAGUCAUAGUUUAUUCCGACUAAACAACAAUUAAGUAUAGCUUUAGUAAAGUAUGUAUGCUGUAUGACUUGUAUGGCUCAGUAUGAGUGGCGAAAGUGGAGGAUAUCCAAGGGUUAGUUUAUUAUGCUCCAUACAUCGUAUAUUAUAAUUAAUGUUACAAUUUGAUCAUCAUCAUCAACAUUUUAUAUAGCAGGUAUGUCUUGCCUCCGAUGGAAAUCGUGGGUAAACCCACGUGGGUUAUAUCACGGAGUAAGGAUAGAUAGAUAAUCGUUAUGUAUUUGCGGGGCGAAGAAAUAUGUUGUCACGAUACUGUCUAGAAGACUAUGGCAUUUAUUAUGAGUUCAAAGUCGACAAACUUCUGUAUCUCUUUAUACUGUGGUUCUAUUUUGAUAAUUUCUUGCUAUUUUUUUUUUACUUUGAUUAUAUUAGGUUUAGAUUUAGUCGUAUGCCAACAUAGUAAAGCGGUGCGUUUCGUGAGGCGUGGCCAAUAUGAUUAUGAAGAGGUAACCUCUAUGAAAUAAAUCUUAGAAAGAAGAAAUUCCUAUUAUACUGAUACCUACGGGACUUCUACAUUCAUUCAAUCACUUGGUCCACGGUAAAAAAAGUAGAGAACGUAAAACAGUCAAAUCAAGGUAUCAUUGUGCCAAAUUUAGAAGAUCGGUAAAGCGACUGUGCCGUUCUUCAAAUAAACAGAGAAACACUUUUAUAAUAUUUUAUCAGUCGAUAAUCUAAUUGGACCUGCACUAGCCCCACACCGUCAGUUUGACCUUAGUGGACAUUUGUCCUGAGCAUUUUGAGCCUUAACAAUAAACCUCGCAUAAUAGCGGAAUGGUUAUGCAGUGUUAUUUCAACACUUUUCAAGUGCCUAUGCAUUUGAAAAUUGUUGUCGGUUAAAGUGUAAUGAAACACUGUUUAUCUAUUCCGACAUUAUGUCACGUUUAUUUGUAAGAUCUCUCGUGCCUUACGGUGAACAUGGUAUGACGUGCAACGUGAUAUUGUUGUAUUUUUUUCAUAUGGGCAUGGCUUAAGUAAAUUGCUACACACCAAAUCUGCCGGCGGCGUCCUCGUCGUGGUUAAACCGUUCGUUCAAUAAAGACUUUAAUUUAAAUUGAUCAUGAACCAAGGCUUUGUAUUAAAAUGUACAUUCAAAGAAAGAAAUAUAUAUAUUUUUUACGUCAUUCGUCAGGUAUUGAAUCAACAAUUUUAUACAGAAACAGAUAACUUAAACUAUGUACUGAUGAUUUAAAUGAAGGUAUAAAUUUCAUAAAUAUUUCAAAUAUCUUAUCUCCUAAUGUGUGCAUGGUAGGUUACUCUGCGUAUUUUUACUGAAAGUUGUGACCAUCGGUAAAUGAUAAUUUGUAGAUAAUUAAAAACCAUAAAUCCGAAACAUAUUGGUCAUAAGCCACGAUUUCGGUUUUGACAUGCUGUUUCUAGUAAAUACGGUAAAGAUACAAGAAGAUCCUGCACUGCAAAAUGAUAUGAGCGUACGGUGGCCCAAUGGAGUCGUUAGGUAUUACGUGGACGAACGAAGUUAUGACAAUAUUUUUGGCGUUUUGAUGGAAUCGGCUAUUCAAAUAAUACACAGAAGAUCAUGUAUUCAAUUUAUGAGAAUGGAAGAUAUUGAUAAGUCUUCGGUUAAUAUGAGUUGGAUUCACAUCACUAAUCCAAGAAAAGAACGGAAAUGUAAUCACGAGCCAAGGUUUAUGGAUAACUUAGAAAUUGAACUAGUUUUUGGUUAUGACUGUUUAAAAACUAAAGAUAUGCUACAUACGCUACUCCACGGGAUCGGUAUCAAAGAUGAAGUUACACAUCCUCACCGAGACAAAUACAUACGGGUACUGUGGGAUAACAUUCAUCCUGCAUACCAACAUUUAUAUCGCAAACAAGAAGAGACACCAUCUAAAAUUCUAGUCGAAUACGAUCCUUUGAGCGUGAUGCAGUUUCAUGAUCGUGCUUUUAGCAGAAAUGGACGUGCUACUAUAGUACCUUUAGAACCUGGUUUAGUUAUAUCCCCAUCAGAAACUUUAUCCCAACUUGAUCAAAUGCGUUUGCAAAUGUAUUUUGGCCAUGAAUGUAAUAAAAGAAAAGUGUCUAACUUGUUAAAAUCAUGUAAAAAAUCUUUUAAGGAAGAGCGUGGCAAAGAACACAGCGAUAUUAAAAUGCAAGAUGCAAAUAAUUCUGAUUUAGACUAUAGUGCUGAUGAUACAGUAAGCAUAGAAAAUAUAAGCUCGCAUAAAGAGGCAACAAAUGUAGAAGAUGAAGACCCAAAAUAUAUUACAAUGGAAGAAGUAAUUCAAGAUGAUGCAGGAAAUGCCUCUGAAAAGAAAAGUGAUGGAGACAAUGAUUAUGAAGAUAUAAAAGGUGUAGAUACAGAUGAUGACAAAAUACAAUAUACAGAAGGGCAGGAAGAUGAAGAAGGGGAAGAUAAAGAAGGACAAGGUGUAGAAGGCCAAGCUGAAGAAGGACAAGAUAAAGAAGGACAAGAUGAAGAAGGGCAAAAUAAAGAAGCAGAAAGUAAAGGCACAGAUGCAAAUAUAAUUGAAGCUCAUACUACUUUAUAA